UCAUUAUCAUAAUUAUUAAUGAUUUAUCAUUUCGUUUUUUGUUAAAGGGAUAGCCGGUUCAUUAUUAUUCGACUCUUCUCUUCUGCUAUCCUCUUUACGGGAAUUAUUACAAUAAUGCUUGUAUAUAUCACAAGUUCGAAUCUAAAACUAGCUGCACACUUCACUUCUAAAUGUUACCGGUACCAUGUAAAUCAUCAUUUGGCAGCACUGACGAGGUGCAAGGAAUACAAGUCAAUCGCAUUCAAUGUUACGAAUCAAUCAUCGUCAUCAUAUUAUAGAAACUACUGGACGUCUAAACAGUUUAAUGAGUCUGAUAAUUACGAUUUCAACACUAGUUAUUCAGCAAUCAAGAAAGCUCUCUGGAACAUAACAAGUCCAUCGUCAGGUCUUUAUCUCUAUACUGUUGCAGCAUCUUUAUGCGAUGAUAUCUCCUUGUAUGGUUUCUAUCCGUUUUACACAUCAUCGGACGGUAGGCAAUUAAAACAUCAUUAUUAUGAAAACACAUCAAUGGACUACGCAAAAUUACAUCGCAUGCCGGAAGAAUUCAAAUUGUUCACAGUUUUACAUAAAUUUGGGUUUAUUCGAUUGGUUUUAGACAGAUGUUCACAAAAUAGUAGGAGACUGUAAGUCUCAGCUAAAAUAUUCUGAAUAUAAAAAAAUAAUAAUGUUGUAUACAAUUCUAUAAUAUUUAUCUGUGAUGAAUGAAAAUACUAAAAAAAAAUAUUGUAAUUAAUAAAUUUUCAAAUAGAGGAAAAGUGGUCAUACUUUAGAAAUAUCAAACGUUAUUCUGAUUGUUGACUGAUACCAAGCAUUAUAGUAAAUAUAUUUUCUAUUGUUCUGAGAGUGCUUUUCUUUGGGUUUGAGGGCGGUGAAAUGAAGUGAGGAGUCAGUUGACCGGUUGCGAUUUUCCGUACGAAACAUUUACAUGAAACUCCACUCUGACCCGACUCGAAAAUCUCAUAUUUCAGAGAUCAGGAUGAGUUUAGAAUGUCAUCAACGCGAAAGAUAAACGUCUACAAAACAACUUCUGAGAUAACGUCGCUGUCUGAUUUUUAAAAUGCAUGGAUGUUACCAUGCUAAUACUAAUGGGCCGUUUAAAAUGACAUAAUAUUUAAUUAGCUGCACGAGUAAUAAAAGUGUUAUUUGAACUUGAGUUAAUACUGUGAAAAUGUUUAUUCUUUAGUUAGGUCUGGGUUUUGCAUAAUUACCUAGGCCUAGAACUAGUAAACACUAUACGUAAUAGGCAGAUAGUUUGGAUUGGUCAUGUAUAUAAGAGAAUGUGAUCACAUAGUUUAAACAGUUUUGGAAGGCCGGUUUCAUGGGAAAGCACAAAGAGGAAGAAAAGUACGUUUCUGCAUCAAAUGAAACAGGGUGACAAACUAGUUAUUUUCAAAUUACGGGAAGAGCUGAUAAUAGGCAGCUCUAAAAUACUGGAUGCCAUAAGACCUGCUAAAGUGGCAGAGAACCAAUGAAUGUAGCCUAUAAAUGAGGCCUAUUAAUUAUAGGCCUAGUAAUAGUAUCUUGAUUACAAGGUUUUAAAUUAAUGCCGAAAUGAUUAUUAUUUAUUAUUAUUAUUAUUAUU